GUUAAAGAUGUCCAUCUUUAUGAUUGUGCUGCUGUGUUUAGUUACCAUUAAUGAAGGAGAAGGAUCUUAUUGUAUGGCUGAUUGUACUGGAAAUAAACAUGAACCAUCACUGUAUAUAAGGACAUGCUGUAACAGCAGUAACUUAGGACAGACUAUUUGUAUGAGAGAAGGAAGAGUGAAGACUAUCAUGAUAUGUCCUGAUGUAAGACUACAAGCCUGUCCACCGCUAAAUAUCAGUGGUGAUUGUAAGAGCUUGUUUGAGGAUGGUAAUACUACAAGUGGUGUUUAUACUGUUAAUCCUGAUGGAGGGACUCCAUUUGAAGUAUACUGUGAUAUGGAGACUGAUGGUGGUGGAUGGACUGUAUUUCAGAGGAGACAAGAUGGAUCUGUUGAUUUCUAUAGAUACUGGGCUGACUAUGAGAAUGGAUUUGGUGACCUUACUGGUGAGUUUUGGUUAGGAUUGAGCAAGAUUCAUCGUCUUACUAAAGAAGGAUCAAACACACUAAGAGUGGACCUGGGAGACUUUGAGGGGAACACAACUUAUGCUAACUACUCUACAUUUAAUGUUAGUGAUGGUAGUACUGAAUAUAUACUGACAGUAGGAGGAUACUCUGGUACUGCUGGGGAUAGUUUAGCAUAUCAUAAUGGAAGCAGAUUCACUACAAGAGAUAAUGAUAAUGAUGGAUGGCUAAGUGGUAACUGUGCUAAUGAACGCACUGGUGCCUGGUGGUAUAAUAACAGUGAACGUUCAAAUCUUAAUGGUAUUUAUCAACAAGCUCAAGAUAAUCAUCCUAUUUUUGGAGGAAAUGAUGAUGGAAUUACUUGGCAAGAUUGGAAAGACAACUACAUUAAUCUCAAGUUCUCAGAGAUGAAAACUCGUUGUAACAAUUAAAUAUUGUCCCCCACACACAUAAGUGUGCUUACAUUGU